AUGGCUGGCAAGCUUACAGAUCUCACUCAUUAUUUAAGCGGUGACCUUCUACGUGUAAUGGGGUACUGCAUUAAGAAUGCGCAAGCUGAUUGGGAUGGAGCUUUCAAUUUUACGGGGAAGGACGAAUUCUUGUCUAAUUGUAUAAAAAACUCGAAAGGUGUGGAUAUCAGUCAUCGAAUAUGUACAGCAGCAGAAAUUAAGCACUAUUUCUCAAGUUUCACUAAGUUUGGGGAGAUGGCAUUGCAUCAUUCAACCUACCUGAAACCAAACUUGAACUGCAAUUUGAGCAAUUGGGAAAGUGGAUGUGAACCUGGAUGGGGUUGUAGUAUUAAUAGUCAGGACAAGAUUGACCUCAAAUCUUCACGCAUUCCUGCUCGAACUACUGAUUGCCAGCCUUGUUGUGAAGGUUUCUUCUGCCCUGAGGGCAUCACUUGCAUGAUUCCUUGUCCUUUAGGAUCUUACUGUCCCCGUGGAAAACAAAACAAAACGACUGGACUGUGUGACCCAUAUACUUACCAAACACCCGCAGGAGAUACAAAUCAUACUUGUGGCGGUGCUGAUGUUUGGACUGAUGCGAGUAAAACUGAUUUAUUUUGUUCACCUGGAUCAUACUGCCCCACUACCAUAAAGAAAAACGAAUGCAGUAGUGGAUUUUACUGCAGGAUGGGUUCCACUAAUCAAAGACCAUGCUUGAAGUUGACUUCCUGUAGUAAAGGAACUGCAGAUCAAAAGAUUCAUGCAUACGGGGUCUUCCUUGUUGUUGCACUGAGUUUUAUUUUGCUCAUAAUUUAUAACUGCUCUGAUCAAGUUCUUCUCCUUCGGGAAAGAAAAGCAGCCAAGUCUAGGGAAGCUGCAGCAAGACAUGCACGAGAAACUGCACAAGCACGCGAAAGAUGGAAAUCUGCAAAAGAUGGCCUUAAGAAGCGUAAAUUGGGAUUGACAGAUCAGAUGACCCGCACAUUUUCUCGCAAAAAAUCUGUAAGGAACUCAGAGCCUCUGAAGGUUUCAGCAGCUUCAACAUCAAAGGAUAAGGAACCAAGCAACCUUACGAAAAUGAUGCAAUCCCUAGAGGAUGAUCCGCAUAGUACUGAAGGCUUUAAUCUUCAGAUUGGUGAUAAAAAUAUUAAAAAGCAAACCCCAAAAGUUAAAAAUCUGCAUACUCACAGUCAAAUUUUUAAGUAUGCAUAUGGCCAACUUGAGAAGGAGAAAGCUAUGCAACAAGAAACCAAGAACUUGACCUUUACGGGCUUAAUCCAAAUGGCCAAGGAGACUGAGAUCAAGACUCGCCCGGUGAUUGAAGUAGAUUUUAAAGAUUUAACUCUGACUCUGAAAGGAAAAGAAAAAAAUCUUUUGAGGUGUGUUACUGGAAAACUUUUUCCUGGUCGAGUUUCAGCAGUCAUGGGUCCUUCAGGAGCUGGGAAAACAACAUUUCUUUCUGCAUUAUCAGGAAAAGUACAUGGAUGCACUGUCACUGGUUCAAUUCUUAUAAAUGGUAAAGCUGAACCAAUGACUGCCUUCAAAAGAAUCAUUGGCUUUGUGCCUCAAGAUGAUAUUGUGCAUGGAAACUUGACUGUGGAGGAGAAUCUUCGGUUUAGUGCAAGGUGCAGGCUGUCUGCCAACAUGCCAAAACCUGAUAAAGUCCUGGUUGUUGAAAGAGUUAUUGAGGCUCUGGGACUAGGGGCAGUGAGAGAUUCCCUGGUUGGUACUGUAGAGAAGAGAGGAAUCUCUGGAGGGCAAAGGAAACGUGUUAAUGUUGGCUUAGAGAUGGUCAUGGAACCUUCAUUACUCAUCUUGGAUGAGCCUACUACUGGUUUGGACAGUGCAUCUUCCCAGUUACUUCUUAAAGCCCUUAGACGUGAAGCUCGUGAAGGGGUAAACAUCUGUAUGGUACUUCACCAGCCAAGCUAUACCCUAUUCAGGAUGUUUGAUGAUUUCAUUCUUCUAGCCAAAGGCGGUCUGACUGUAUAUCAUGGAUCUGUAAAGAAAGUUGAAGAAUAUUUUGCUGGCAUCGGAAUUGUUGUACCAGACCGUGUUAAUCCUCCGGACCACUUCAUUGACAUUUUGGAAGGUAUAGUGAAACCAGACUCAGGUGUGAGUCAUGAACAACUUCCAGUUAGGUGGAUGCUACAUAAUGGGUACCCGGUACCUCAGGAUAUGAUGCACCAUCUAGAUGGAAUUGCUGCGAGCUCAGCAGGCCCAAAACCUGUAAUGAAGCGAGAUCAAUCUUUUGCUGGAGAUUUGUGGCGGGAUGUGAAGACUAAUGUUGAGGUGAAAAAGGAUCACUUAAGACAUAACUUCUUAGUGUCCAAGGAUUUGUCAGACCGCGCUACUCCUGGGAUCUUCCGGCAGUACAGAUAUUACCUAGGGAGGGUAGGUAAGCAGCGGCUACGAGACGCUCAAAUGCUGGCAGCGGAUUAUCUGAUUUUGUUACUUGCCGGAGCCAUCUUAGGGAUCUUUUCCAAAAUGAAUGAUGAAACAUUUGGUUUCAACGGCUACCUUUAUACUGUCAUUGCUGUUUCACUACUUUGCAAAAUAUCAGCAUUGCGAACCUUUUCUCUUGACAAAUUACACUACUGGAGAGAAAGUGCAUCUGGGAUCAGCAGUCUGGCUCAUUUUCUGUCCAAAGAUACACUGGACCAUUUCAAUACACUCAUCAAACCAUUGGUGUAUCUAUCCACAUUCUAUUUCUUCAGUAACCCAAGGUCAUCCUUUCAAGACAACUACAUUAUUUUGCUCUGCCUUGUGUACUGUGUGACGGGCAUAGCAUACGCACUCGCCAUCUACCUUGACCCGAGUCCUGCCCAACUGACCUCAGUGCUUCUUCCCGUUGUCUUGUCUCUCAUCGCAAACCAAGCUCCUACUAGUAAAAUUGCAGGGGCUGUAGCAAGGUUUUGCUACACAAAAUGGGCACUAGAAGCUUUUGUUGUUGCAAAUGCUGAAAGGUACUCUGGUGUGUGGCUGAUCAGUCGCUGCACGACAUUGUAUAAAAGAGGCUAUAACGUCAAUGAGUGGAUGCUAUGUUUGAUCAUCCUCCUGGUGAUCGGUGUACUUAGUCGUGCCCUGGCUUUCAUUCUGCUGUUGAUUACUCAGAAGAGAUAGAUUGGUUCGCAAGUCAUCCUUGAUCCUGCAGGUCAAAAAUGAACACUCUUGUAAUUUGUAUAAUAGUAACUGAUCAAAGUGAGCAACACUCUUUAGCAACAGGAAUUGAUGGCUAACAUUAUAAGCAGAAAUGUCCAUGUGUAGAUUAGAUCAGAUCCCACACCCUUUGUUUCC